GGUAGUUUUAAGGUAGCACACCACAGUAAUGUAAGCCACAGCUUCGAAUGGCCAGGGAGGAUUUCUUGGAUAUAGUGAAUAUUCUGGAUUUAAAUGACUGGUUGUCUUUAAAAUGCAUUUUCAGCAUAAAAUUUGUUUUUGUGACAUCUAAUAUGAUCACUGGCAAAUUCGAAAACAUGGCCAGAAAUCACAUGCUGUUGAUUAUGAAUGUCAAGGCCGCCAUUUUUUGUAAACAUUGCUUUUAUACAGCAUGCACGGUUGUGUAGUUUGGUAUCAGAAUUAUUAGACGUAUUGCUUGUAGGACAUUGACGGCAGGAACUUGAAAUUAACUGUGGAGUGCUACCUAAAGAUUUUAUUUUUUAAUAAUUCUUUACAGCUCAAUGCGAUAUGAAAACAACAAAAGAACUAGCAAGAGAACUUGGGUUAAUAAGAAAGAGGACUCUGUCAAGUUCAAGUACAUCUAGACGAGGAUUUAACAGUGGUUCUUUAGCACAGGCCUUCAAGUACCUGAUUGUUAUUGAUUUUGAGUCAACUUGCUGGCAAGAUGCAAAAUUUAGAACUCAAGAAAUUAUUGAGUUUCCAGCUGUGUUAUUGAACACUUUUUCUGGUGAGGUUGAGAGCGAAUUUCAUCAUUAUGUUCAGCCACAGGAGCAACCAACACUCAGUGCAUUCUGUACUGAACUAACUGGAAUCACUCAGUCUCAAAUUGAUGAAGGAAUCCCCAUUAAUUUGUGUUUAAAGAAGUUUGGUUACUGGCUUGACAAAUUGUACAGAGAGAAGGGUGUGGUAUGCCAGGGAACCAGAACAGAUACAAAUUCACCAAUUAACACUACAUGUGUGACAUGGUCAGAUUGGGAUUUAGGCGUGUGUCUGCAAUAUGAAUGCAAGAGAAAACAGCUACUUAAACCCCCUCAGCUCACGUCAUGGAUAGAUCUGAGGGCUACAUACAGGAAAUUUUAUGACAGGAAGCCAAAUGGUUUGAACGGUGCUUUACAAGAUCUUGGUAUAGAGUUCCAAGGUCGAGAACAUUCAGGUGUUGAUGAUGCAAGAAAUACAGCAAAACUCGCGUUUAGAAUGAUCAAAGAUGGCUGCCAGAUGAAAGUUACAAAGACACUUAAGACCCAUGAAAGAUCAGUUAGCUGUAAUCCCACAAUGCUACAAUAUGUUUCCAAGGCAACAAGAACAACUCCACCUAGAAACGCAAAAGAAAAAUCAAAUGGUUUAGGAUCAAAUACCACCACAGCUUUGGGUAAAUCACCAAAAGAAUCUCUUAAAACUUCAACAAAUCUACCAAAAGACUCUCCCUAUAAAAUACCAGUAAGAACGAAGACACCAGAAAAAUCUAGUUGUUUGAAAAAACAAGGUCCUGUUACAUCAAUAGGUAGUUGUUAUGACUCAACAUGUAGUGAUAAGGGUAAAGCACCAAAAGAAUCUCUGAAAAGUACCUCAAGUGCAAGAAAUCUACCAAAAACCUCUCCCUCUAAAAUACCUGUAUUCAGGAAGACUCCAGAAAAGUCUAGUUGUUUUAAUGAACAAGGUUCUGUUACAUCAAUUUGUAAUUGUUAUGACUUAACACAUGACAAAGGUCUAGAGGAUGUGAAAGCUUCUGUUCAUAAGAAGAGAAAACAGUUUACACCUGUGAAAGACAAGAGUAAACUGAAUACUAAUUCACCAAGAAGAAAAAUUCCUAGAAAAUUUUCUCCCAAGAAAUUUACAUCUGCUGAUAUUUAUGUUGAUCCAGAUGAUUUUAAUGAUAUGGAAAUUAAUACUCCUGGCAUAGUAAAGUCUAUGGAAGCAAAGAAGGGUCUCUCAGCACAGGAUACUAACAUUCAGAUCAUUAAUAAUGAUAAUACUGGGAAUUUAAAGAAGGUGCCGGUAAAAGACAGUACAAAAUGUUUUAAAUUACCAAACCCUGUUGAUAAAUCUUGUGUUCAGUCUACAUUUAAAACUCCUCAGUCAUUCAUAAAACCAAAGCCAUUGAUUGAUUCUGUUGUAUCAAAGUCAAGAUCAUUUGUCACUUCUACACCUGCUGGUGGAACAAAUUGUAAAAGUGGAUUUAACCAGUCUAAAAUCAUCAGCCCAUUAACAAACCAGUCUGCAAGUGUGGCUGGUUUCUCAGACUGUGUUACGCCAAACACUUCCUGUCAAAGUGGGACUGGUUUCAAAACUCCUUAUCAAACUGCAAGUUUUACUGGAAGCAAUCACCAGUCUGGGUUUUCUAUAAAUAACUCAAAUAUGAAAGUGACUCCACCUCUUUGUAAAUGUGGCCGUCGAUCAAAGAGAAGAAUGGUCCAAUCACCUGGCCAGAACAUGGGCAGAUUUUUCUUUAGUUGUGCAGUAAGGAAAAGAGUGGGGUCAAAAGAAGGCUGUGAUUUUUUCAAGUGGGAAACUAGUCUGAAUACUCAGUCAAUGUCACACAGUAGUUCCGUGAUUUCAAAGCAGUUCACACCAGUUAUAAGAGGUUUUCAACAAAUGUCUGGGUUACCUCAGAGAAAAAGUCUUGGAGUAAGAUCAAUGACUACCCAGAAAGUGUACAUGAGAUAACUACAUGUAGUAUAGUUUAUGUUUAUUCAUAGUGUGUACAAUGCAGUUUUCAACAUUUCCUUCAAAGUAUUUUAUGAAGAUUAAUUUACAAUUUUUUAGAUUUUAAAUCAAAUAUGGGCUAGAGGCUUGUGAAUAAUUCUUAUUAAACUUUAUUCUGACUGAAUAAUUUAACAUAUGAAUUUUAAGAUAUCUGAUAUCUCAAAAUAAUAGCAUAUAUAUUCCUGGCAAAAGGAAGUAUUUAUGUUUUAUGUUCUGGCUUAAGUAGGUG